AUGGCGGAAACCCUGAUCCAAAUCGGCGUGGUUGGGUGCGCCGACAUAGCCCGGAAGGUCUCCCGCGCCAUCACGCUCGCCCCCAACGCCGCCCUCUGCGCCGUGGCGAGCCGCUCUCACGACAAGGCAGCCGCAUUCGCCGCCGCCAACGGCUUCCCUCUCUCAGCCAAAGUGUACGGCUCCUACGAGUCCCUUCUGGAGGACCCCGACGUGGACGCCGUCUACAUGCCACUCCCCACCAGCCUCCAUCUUCACUGGGCCGUGCUCGCGGCCCAGAACAAGAAACACUUGCUUCUGGAAAAGCCCGUCGCGCUCGACGUGGCCCAGUUCGACCGCAUUCUCGAGGCCUGUGAAUCCAGUGGGGUGCAGUUCAUGGAUAACACCAUGUGGGUCCAUAACCCAAGGACUGCUGCCAUGGCCCAUUUCCUCAACGAUGCUCAACGUUUUGGUAACCUCAAAUCGGUUCGCACCUGCUUUACAUUUGCAGCCGAUCCUGAUUAUCUAAACACCAACAUUCGCGUGAAGUCGGAUCUUGAUGCUCUUGGUUCUCUGGGUGAUGCAGGAUGGUAUUGUAUUAGGGCAAUCCUGUUGGCUGCCAACUACGAAUUGCCUAAAACAGUAGUUGCUUCAUAUGAACCUGUACUUAACAAAGAUGGGGUGAUAUUGGACUGUGGGGCAUCUCUAUACUGGGAAGAUGGGAAAGUAGCAACCUUCCAUUGCUCCUUCUUGGCAAACUUGACAAUGGACAUAACAGCUAUUGGCACAAGAGGAACUCUUCACGUGCAUGAUUUUGUUAUCCCUUAUCAUGAGAAGGAGGCAUCGUUUUUGGCUGGUACAGAAACCGGCUUUAAUGAUCUUGUCACAGGGUGGGAUAAACAGCCAAGUAAGCAUACAGUAACCACUGAUCUCCCUCAGGAGGCUCUUUUGAUUAGAGAAUUUGCCCGGUUGGUCGCAGAAAUCAAAUUCAAAAACUCUAAGCCUGACAAGAAGUGGCCAACAAUUACUAGGAAAACACAGCUGGUAUUGGAUGCUGUGAAGGCUUCUAUCCAGAGGGGUUUUGAGCCUGUUCAGAUUCAGGAGUAAACAAGUCUCGCCACUGUGUCUGAUUGUCUACCCUGCUGGAGUGACACGAUCCUUUUUCUGUUGUGCAUUGAUAUUCCAAAUAAAAUUCCAUUCUACAUUGUAUGUAUUUGUGAGCUGUUCAUCUCUGCAAUGCGGUGGGAAAACAGGUUAUGUAAAAUACAAUCAUUCUAAUGGUCAAAUUUCAUGUCUUUCGAGGAUGGUGAUUGAUCGGUGAACUAAACUGCCUUAACAGAAGACCAGUGACGACUAGAAUAACUAGUACAUUGGUCUUCAUCUUCAUCGUAUAACCAGUUAGUUGAUCUGUUAUGCAUGUAUCAAAAUGACUUGUAAUAUAAAUGAUUUAUUUCUCCUUGA